UUUAGAUUGGACCUUUCAUCUUACAUGGAGAAUAUGAAUAAAUAAAUAGUAUGAUUGCGUAGACUAAUAACUAUACAUGAAACAUCGAUAAAUUCUGCUAUCAAUUUCAUGUUUCAGAACUUCACGUACAAGAAAAAUAUUAUGGAAAGAUGAUUUGGCUAUUAUAUUUAGGUUGGAAAAAUGAGCUCCAGAUUCAUAUAACAUUCUGUUUUGGUUUUACAUAGUAAUUUCAUUGUUGACAAUGCAGUUCAGGAUAAUCUUGCACGACUUUCUUUCUUCGAUGAUCAAACACCCAAUCCAUGGAGUCCAAAGACAAACCUAAUUCAAGUUUUGAGGACUCCCCAAGCGCCAUGGUGAAUAAUCCUGGGUGCUAUGCCACUUCCCAGAUAUUCAUCGAUGAUCCAACUAACAGGCAUAAUGAUUUGGACUUGGAGUCAUGUUUGCACACACCAAACUCCAACUAUCCUCCAGUAUCAAGUAGUUCUAACAGUAAUGUCCAUGUUGCAUCGAGCACUUCUUCUUCAACUAAAAUAUAUGGUCCCCAUCCAUGUGAAGUCAGUAGCAAUGUAAAAUCAGAUUGGUAUGGAGCCAAUGCGACAGACUAUUCUGCAAACAGUUGGAUCACCUCGGAUAUAACACUCGACUACAUAAACAAGCUAUUGAUGCAGGAGGACAAUGAUGACACGGUCAAAUUACAUCAUGGAGAACAUGCACUUAGAUCCAUGGAAGAGCCAUUCUACAAACUCCUCGGACAGAAUAAUCCAGUUUAUCCUCAGCAACUACCACUUUGUAACUGUGAUCAUCUGAAAAAUAUAGAUGACAGCAUCAGCAAAUCAUGCAGCAUUUGCUCUGUUGCUAUAGACUCAAGUACUAGUCAUUCUAAUCACAACUUGCAAGUAUUUGAAGCUCCAUGGAGUCUAUCUGACAUUGUCACUCAAGGUACACACAGCGUGGAGCUUGGUUUGAACGUCGAUGGCCUUUCGAUCGCUGAAAAGCGUAGCCGAGAUGAUCAGUCACUUCAAGUGCAUGUUGCAGACAAAAUCAAGCAUGCACUAUCUGAGGUUCACGAUGGAAAUUAUUCACGUACAGAAGAUUUUCAAUUGUUAGAAGGAAGGAGUAGCAAGCAGUUCGCCGUUUCAAUCAACGGGGCAACCCGAGAUGAAAUGUUGGACAGGGUCCUACUCUUCUCUGAGCAUAAGCUUACCGAUGAAGGCAUUGUUUUGCAAGAAAUGAUGGCAAACAAAUCAACCAGAAAUUCAAAGAAUGUUCAAGGAAGAACAUCAGCUUGUCGGAAGACACGAAUUAAAAAGCAACAUAAGAAAGAGGUGGUGGAUCUAAGAACCCUUCUUAUCCAUUGUGCAAAAGCAGUAUCUGUGAAUAAAUAUACCUUAGCAAGGGAUACACUGAACAUCAUAAGACAGCAUUCCUCAGUAAGCGGCGAUGAUACCCAGAGGCUAGCAUCUUGCCUAGUUGAGUGCCUUGAAGUACGAUUAGCCGGAACUGGGGGGCAGCUGUAUCACAAGUUGAUGACUGAAACCUGCAAUGCUGUGGACACUUUAAAGGUAUAUCAAUUGGCUUUAGCAGUAAGUCCUUUCAUGCGGGCACCAUACUAUUUUUCAAAUAAGACAAUCCUUGAUGUCUCAAAGGGGAAACCAAAGGUGCACAUUAUCGACUUUGGCAUUUGCUUUGGCUUUCAAUGGCCAUCACUGUUUGAGCAACUGGCAAGGAGGGAAGAUGGGCCUCCUAAGGUUCGGAUCACAGGUAUUGAGCUACCCCAGCCAGGAUUUCGACCAAAUCAAAUUAAUAAGAACGCAGGGCAGCUAUUAGCUGAUUAUGCUAGCAUGUUCAAUGUGCCUUUUGAAUAUAAAGGAAUAUCAUCGAAAUGGGAAACCAUCCGUAUACAGGAUCUCAACAUCGAGGAAGAUGACGUGCUGAUAGUCAACUGCCUAUUCCGAAUGAAGAACAUUGUUGAUGAGACAGUAGAACUUAACAAUGCCAGGAACAGGUUGCUCAAUACCAUCAGAAAGAUGAAGCCAAAAGUUUUUGUGCAUGGAGUAGUGAAUGGAUCAUUUAGUAACCCCUUCUUUUUACCACGUUUUAAAGAAGUCAUGCACCACUACUCUGCAUUGUUUGAUAUCCUUGAUAGAACUGUUCCACGAGACAAUGAGGCAAGAAUGAUCUUAGAGAGGCAUAUCUAUCUGCGUGCAAUUCUCAAUGCUGUUGCAUGUGAAGGAUCUGAAAGGAUUGAGAGGCCAGAGUGCUAUAAGAAGUGGAAAUCACGAAACCUGAAGGCUGGCCUUGAGCAGCUCCCACUGAAUCCGGACAUUGUGAAAGUAAUAAGAGAUAUGGUGGGGCAAUAUCACAAAGAUUAUGUUAUCAACGAAGAUGAUCAGUGGCUAGUGCUGGGAUGGAAGGGAAAGAUACUGAAAGCAAUAUCCACAUGGAAACCUUCUGAGUCAUAA